GUGGGAUGCUGUGCAUUCAGCCAGGAGCGUGCGGGUGCUGGUAGUUCAAGGAUGCUGUGCGCUUAGAAAUUCGGGUGCCUCGCAAAAAUCUGUCAGCUGAAGUUCGGCGAGGAAUCGGGGAAGCGUGUUUGUGUGUGUUUGUGCAUCGAUUGUGUCUCACAAAAGAAGCGUGUUUUGCACAAAAACUGAACACACAUAGGUGAAGGUGACUAGUGACCAGCAGCAAUAUCCCCUCACACACAUACACAGCUCGAGCCCCCAAAAAGACCCACUCCUCUAAAAAACACUGUUGCAAAGGUGGUGGUCGCGGUGGUUUGUUGCUUCUAAUCGUCCUUUGUGUGCCGAUUCCGUGGGGCCCAACGAGGACGUAGGAACUGGUGGUGGAAGGGGAAGCGUGAGGUAGGCGAGAGGAUUAGAGGAAGGUCCCCAAGCGCAAGUUGACGCGCAGUCCUGCCCCAACAAAGCUACAAAGCAGCUACAGUCGAUAACAAAAGUCUCUCCUCUGUUCCACUCCAAUUUUCCUCCAAUGCUCAGCGGGGAGAGGUGAGGUGGCUUGAAAACGGCUCAGUACUCAGUGAUAAGGGCAACAGAGGUGGGCUGGAAGGAUGUGACCGAAUCUGAUUGGGGAUUGGGGCGAAACGGUACCCGAAUCGAAGCAGGCUCGCUAGUGUGCCCUUUUUGGAACGGUUUUUCGAACGAGCGGGGACGAGCCUGAGAGUAAGAUGCGACUCUGUGUAUUUUCGCGCGCGCGUGUAUGUGUGUGUGUGUGUGCCUGAUUUCCAUGUCCUUUUUUCCGCUGGUUCAACCGAAGGCAAAGGAAAAGAAAACACCCAUCCUUUGUAUGGGGGGGAAAGGUUGGCCUAGAAUUUGUACAUACCCUAGGCAUCUCAAGGCGAGAGGAUGCCAUUCGGUAUCUAUUGUGUUGACAUAAAAGGGGUUAGCAGCAUUCGGUUUUGGUGGUUGGAUGUGGCGUGGAUCAUGUGUGUGUGUGUGUGUGAGUGUGAAACAACAAACCGAUACCAAAGCAGUGGCACCAAAACUCGGUCACCAAUCAAAGAAGCAUUAAUCAUAUACAAUCCACCAUCUCCUCUCCGAAAACCUCCCAAAUGAUACACGCGAGGACACCUAAGCAGAGAAGUGGACCAACCAGGGGUCUCCCAUACGGAAGGGAGCAGGCAAAUCACAAAUUUAGCAGCCUUUUUCAGUGCCUCCGGUGCAAAUGUGUGCAAAUUUGGGCAGCAGGGCUGAUGUGUGCUGCUAAGUGUGCUCGUUAAUCUAAUAAUGUUUACAUUGGACGGCACUACGAGCCCACGAGACACGCCAACGUGAGCCGCAUUCGAGAUAAAUCGGCCGAUGCUGGUAGCGCCGAGCGAGCCCGUGUUUCGCCAACUGCAACGGGGUCCCUCCCUCUAUUCCAGGGACAUAUAAUUCGGUUUCAUCCUUGGCUGUGUUGCUGGUGUUUUGCUCGAAGGCGGAAAGAGCACGGGGAGCGUUGGGAGCGGCAUGCUAUGUAUAUAUAUAUGUACCGCUACACUCACCAAGAGGUGUGAAGAGGCAUCACUUCAUGGCGACGAAUAGGAGCGAUGCUUUUGGAGCGUUGUUCUUAACCUGUUUCGCCGCAGAGUCCGUUUCAUCUUCGCCUUGAAGCGAAUUUGAGACGGUUGAAGAAGUCUCUUGCGCCGGGUCUCGUAAUGUGAUACGAAAGUUAUGCCCACCCCACGGUGUCUCUUCCACGAACCCUCAUUCCAACCCUCACCGGUCAUCGGACUGCAAGCAAGGAGUUCGCCACUCGCAGCUCAACACACCAACAUCUAUUCCUCUUUUUUGUUUUUACAGGAAACAAUGAUCACCUCUUGACCAGAGGAUAUUGAUGCGUUCAACCCCCUCCGCUCAACACACCUAACACGAUAUCAUCCAGCAGUCCUUUUUGCCAACUCUCGAUGUGUGUGUGGUUGUGUGUAUUUGUGAGUGUGUGUGUGUGCGUUUGCAAGAUGUUUCUGGGAAAUUUCUCUUUAGUUCUGCAACAGUAGGCACUCGAGAGCCUAUCACAGAUAUCUUGCGCCCCAACCAAAAGGGCAAAGAACAUAAUCCGAAGGAUUGCAGAUUCGUGUGGGAGCGUCAGGUUGGUAAGGUCCGACAAGAAGAGUACAUCGUAAGAGAAGCCUGGUACCUGAACCCUGCUCAAACGCAGCUCACAAACCAUUCAGGAGUAAGGGAAACCGGGUGUCUUCUAGCGCCUGUUACGAGUUCCCGCUCAAGCCAGAGACACUACAGUACAUGUCACACAGCCUCCGCCAAGCUUAGCCAGCUUCCUAGCGUCGGUAGAGAUGCUCCAUUGACUAGCUGCGCUACUACAACCACACUGUUGUAUCCACAGUCGAACGACAGUACACUUCCUCCAAUAAAACGAGGAAAUAGGGUGGAGAGCUCGCACAGGGGGCGUACUAUAGAGGUUAAGGUUUGCUGGAGAGUUGCUGGUGCGCGCGUGUGUGUCAGGGGAAUGCAAUGAGGCUACUACACGGUGUAUACUUUACGAUAUUCGCCGUCGUUUCCGUGUGCGGAGGCAACCCAGACGCCAAGCGGCUGUACGACGAUCUGCUCAGCAACUACAACAAGCUGGUGCGCCCGGUAGUGAACGUGACCGAUGCGCUCACGGUCAAGAUCAAGCUGAAGCUGUCGCAGCUGAUCGACGUGAACCUGAAGAACCAAAUCAUGACGACGAACCUGUGGGUGGAGCAGACGUGGUACGACUACAAGCUGAAGUGGGAACCGAAGGAGUACGGCGGGGUGGAGAUGCUGCACGUGCCCUCCGACCACAUCUGGCGGCCGGACAUCGUGCUGUACAACAACGCGGACGGCAACUUCGAGGUGACGCUCGCGACGAAGGCCACGCUCAACUACACCGGCCGGGUCGAGUGGCGCCCGCCCGCCAUCUACAAAAGUUCCUGCGAGAUUGACGUCGAGUACUUCCCGUUCGACGAGCAGACGUGCGUGAUGAAGUUUGGCAGCUGGACGUACGAUGGGUUUCAGGUGGAUCUUCGCCACAUCGACGAGAUGAACGAAACGAACGUCGUCGAGGUUGGGGUCGAUCUGUCCGAGUUCUACACGUCCGUCGAGUGGGACAUUUUGGAGGUGCCUGCCGUCAGAAAUGAAAAGUUUUACACCUGCUGCGACGAGCCGUACCUCGACAUCACGUUCAACAUUACGAUGCGCCGGAAGACGCUGUUCUACACGGUGAACCUCAUCAUUCCCUGCAUGGGCAUUAGUUUCCUCACCAUACUGGUGUUCUAUCUGCCAUCGGACAGUGGCGAAAAGGUAUCGUUAAGCAUAUCCAUUCUGCUAUCGUUGACUGUGUUUUUCCUGCUGCUGGCGGAAAUCAUUCCGCCCACCUCGCUGGUGGUCCCGCUGCUAGGCAAGUUCGUCCUGUUCACGAUGAUACUGGACACGUUUAGUAUAUGCGUCACCGUGAUCGUGCUCAACAUCCACUUCCGGUCGCCGCAAACGCAUACGAUGGCACCGUGGGUGCGCACCAUCUUCAUCAACCAUCUGCCGAAGCUGCUCGUGAUGCGACGCCCAAUCUACCAGCCGCUGCAUCAUUUCAGUGCCGCCUCUCAGCGGUUCAUGCUGCGCUCGUGCAACAGCCUCGGUGAUCAUAUUCCGCCACUUCCGCCCACGAUCGCGUUCGAUCCGUCGGUACUGCUCGAUCACCAUUUGCUCGAUUCCAGCGAAAGCCCAACGCACCUGCACAAUCAUCGGUCGGGCGGGGGCGGUCGGCACCAUCACCACCAUCACCACAGUGCGCUGGUGCGCGGCAUGGACCUGAUGGACGAUAUGCCGCUACCGUACCACGACCACAACCAUCACAACUCGCCCAUGUCCCCGAUCAACUUCAAUCUGCUGAGCGCGGCCAGCACGGCGGUGCCGAACCCGGCCGCCACCAACAUCACCGCCAACUCCACCACGACCGGGGCGGGCGGUUUGCUCGAUCCGAACAGCAACUUCCACAAGAGCCUGGCGGCGGCCAACACGAACGACAGCAAGACUGGCGCCGGCAACCUGCUGCUCAAGACGGCGAGCGCCACCGGCCACCUGAGCUGCUGCAACAGUCUGUUCCUGAACGAUCUGCAGCAGGCGGCGGCAGUGACGACCGGGGCGACCACCGCGGAUCUGCUGCUCGGCGACAACGGGGUCGCCGUACCGCUCAACAACAAUCUGCCCACGAACGUGCUGCCGAGCGGGAUGAUCAUCAACACGACCGACACCGGCACGACGGUACCGGCGGGCGGCGGGAAGGGCGACAAGACCGGCCCGAACCGGAACCGGUGGCUGGAGUGUCCGGAGCUGACCAAGGCGAUGGAUGGCGUGACGUACAUUGCGGACCAUACGCGCAAGGAGGAGGAAAGCUCCAGGGUCAAGGAGGACUGGAAGUACGUCGCGAUGGUGCUCGACCGACUGUUUCUGUGGAUCUUCACGAUAGCGGUCGUGUUCGGUACGGCCGGUAUCAUACUGCAGGCGCCAACGCUGUACGACACACGCGUCCCGAUCGACAUCAAGAUGUCGGAGAUUGCGACCACGACGGCGAAGCCUUACAUCGCCAAACCGAUACUAUAAUGUGUGUUAGUUUGCGUCCGACAAGCGAGUUUACGGGAUCGCCGCCAUCUGAUGGCAAAUGGGUGAAGAUGGAAAUUCCUGCACCUAUCAACCACAUGUAACCUACUGGCACGUUCACACACAUACACAAACACACACAUAGUACACACCCAACACGAACACAUUUGCGUGCUCUUGUGUCACAACACAAACACGUACAGAAGCACACGCACGCACACACAAGCAUGCACUCUUGGCAUGCCGCGGAGGGUUUAGGGUGAAUAUGAUAAUUGGCUAGUAGUGAAUUAUUCUAAGUAGUACUUUUUUAAUGGAAAACAAACAAACAAACAAAAAACAUCAACAUCAACCUGACACGUGACAUUACUCUCACCCCUUCGAAAAGCGCACUUAAAAGCCCGCACACAGACACACCUACACCACUACAUAGUAACUCGUGCACCGGAUGUUAACGCGGUGCAAGCUCACUUACUAGCACUAGCAGACCAAUCUCUAAACUAUAACUCUCAAUUUCAUUGCUUACGACAUACACACAUACACACACACACACCAACACAGACCAACACAGACACGUGUACCGUGCUUUCCGUGCGUUUGAGUCCCGUCUUAGUGCUGUUAGCUGACAGGGCUGUCACUUAUUUGUAAAGCCAGACGCGCGCACCCGAUAAGCACGUGUCGGUAGCAGCAGCAGCAGCAGCAGCAGCGCGGUGGAUUACGAAAACAAACUACCCGCCAUACUCGUGCGCAUUUGGCGACCGAUCAAAAUGGCACCACGCGAGCGUUCGGUUCUCUACUUGCCGGUUGGUUGAGUUCAGGAAGCUAUGGCACACACUUUACGCUUAAUCUCUCUUACAAUGGAGCAGCAUGUACCACAACUACUACUACUACUAUUACUACUACUACUAUUAUUACUACUACUAUUACUACUAGGACUUCAGCAUGUACUUAGCGAAGUAAACGGUCGUAGAACAAGAUGGCGUCGUAAGCGAGCACGAGACGAACGCGUUAACACGCUUUUCUAGCUCGACAUUUCGUUCGUUUGUAUCACCCACACACGCGUUCGUGCACGUUUCAGCCACCCCCCCAAUCCCCACUCCCGCUAGGACUCAUUCGGUUUUGGUAGGGGCCUGCUGGUUUCGCAGGAAGUUGUUAAACAAUUCGUUACGAUUUUACUCUCUCGCAACGUCCGUUCUAUAUGCUAGAUUUUUAUUAGACGUGCCUCCCCCUCAACUCGACUAGAGGAGAGUCGUUUUUUUAAAGCAAAACAAACAAACAAACGAAAAAAAAGAAUAAAGAAAACGAUCGAAUUAGGGGCAGGAGCAACAAACCGUUAAUCGAUAAGCAACCGCGCGGCCCAUACGUAACAGUGGCACACAGGAAAGCAAGGAAAGCAAAAGCGUGUUUUUCACGCGAGGGCAAAGUGUUGAGAUUUAAGAUGAGGGGGAGGGGGGGGGGAGGAAGCAAAAGCCGCAAAAACCAAAUCCAACAACACUGCUAACCACGAGAGCCGGCACGGAACACCACGGCGAGUAACCCAUUUCCAAGGACUUGGGCUGGGGAGGGACGGUGAGGGAUUGGCUAGAACAAUUGGCAAGCACAAAUCCAAGUAGCACAAGUUAGAUCGUCUUUUUAAUAUUCCCAGAUGUCUCUCCCACACACACCCACAUACAUUCUGCACCUUACUGCCGAAAGUGGUUACAACAAAUCGAUUGACAGCCAUUCGGGACGGCCAUUGUGGAUUGUUCCCUGUUCCCCAAACCUCAUCCCAGCACUCAGGUCCACGGGAAAACGUUAUUCGCUCACGCUUAAACGGUGUACUAUACGGUGUCGCAGGAGAUCCUCACACACACAUACACACACAAAACACACACGGCAUCGUGUUACCACACAGACUCGCGCAGAAAAUUAUCUCACACAUCAGUAACUGUUUAGAAAGCAUACACGCGCUCGUUUUCCAUAAUUCAUAGAUUUGCGGCUCGCUUGGAGCAAAAUACAACAAAACAAAACCAAACAAAAAAAAAAAAAACAAAAAAACGCCGAAUUAUCAA